GUCGAAAUAUUGGCUAUAGUCAAUGAUGCUGUAGGAACAUUGAUGUCUGCUGCCCAUAGUGACAGGAACUGUGAAAUUGGCCUCAUUUUAGGUACAGGUUGUAACGCAUGUUAUAUGGAGAAUUUAGAUAAUGUUGGAUUGUGGGAAGCCCCAGGUGAUGAUCAUCCACAACAGGUGAUUAUUAAUACAGAAUGGGGAGCAUUUGGUGAUAAUGGUUGUUUAGACUUCAUACGUACAGAAUAUGAUUUAGAAUUAGAUACAUACAGUAUUAAUCCUGGUAAACAAAUAUUAGAAAAGAUGAUAUCUGGUAUGUAUAUGGGUGAGAUAGUAAGAUUAGUAUUAGAAAGAUUGACAUAUGAAGGAUUGUUGUUACAAGGAGCAGAUCGGGAAUGUGCUUUAUAUGAACGAGGAAGAUUUUACACUAAAUAUGUUUCUGAAAUAGAAAGUGAUCAUGAUGAAUUUUUUGCCAAUACCAAACAAGUGUUAGAAGAAUUAGGUGUA